AUGUCGAUAAACGUCAAGGAAGAACAGGCUACUUACCUCGCCGAGGUCGAGGCUCUUAAGCAAUGGUGGAGCUCGUCGAGAUUCCGCUUCACCAAGCGUCCAUACAGCGCUGAGCAGAUCGUUCAGAAGAGAGGCAACAUCAAGAUCGAAUAUCCCAGCAAUGUCCAGGCUAAGAAACUGUGGGGGAUUUUGGAGAAGAGGUUCCCUGAGAGGACUGCCUCUUACACUUACGGAUGUUUGGACCCCGUGAUGGUCACCCAGAUGGCGAAGUACCUCGAGACCGUCUAUGUUUCUGGAUGGCAAUGCUCGUCGACAGCUAGCACUAGCCACGAGCCCAGCCCGGAUCUGGCUGAUUACCCCAUGGACACUGUUCCAAACAAGGUCCAGCACCUUUUCAUGGCCCAGCUCUUCCACGACCGAAAACAGCGUGAAGAGCGCUUGACCACCGACCCAUCCAAGCGCGGCCCCGCAGUUGACUACCUAAGACCCAUCAUUGCUGACGCUGACACCGGUCACGGUGGUCUCACCGCCAUCAUGAAGCUUACCAAGAUGUUCGUCGAGCGAGGUGCCGCCGGAAUCCACAUUGAAGAUCAGGCUCCUGGUACCAAGAAGUGCGGUCACAUGGCUGGCAAGGUCCUCGUCCCAAUCUCCGAGCACUGCAACCGUCUCGUCGCUAUCCGUGCCCAAGCAGACAUCAUGGGUGUCGAUUUGAUCUCUGUUGCCAGAACCGACUCCGAAGCUGCCACCCUCAUCACUUCCACCAUUGACCCAAGAGACCACUCCUUCAUCUUGGGAACCACAAACUCCAAGCUUCAACCCCUCGCCGACUUGAUGGUUGCCGCUGAACGUGCCGGAAAGUUCGGCGAUGCCCUACAAGCCAUUGAAGACUCCUGGGUCCGUGAAGCCGGUAUCAAACUCUUCGACGACGCCGUUGUCGACGCCAUCAACGCCUCCUCCCUCUCCAACAAACCCGCUCUCAUCAAGGAAUACCUCACCAAGGCCUCCCACAAGUCCAACAAAGAAGCCCGCGCCAUCGCCAAGAGCCUCACCGGCCUCGACGUCUUCUUCGAUUGGGAAUCUUGCCGUACCCGUGAGGGAUUCUACCGCUACCAAGGUGGUACCCAAUGUGCCGUCAACCGUGCCGUCGCAUACGCCCCAUACUGCGAUCUCCUAUGGAUGGAGUCCAAGAAGCCAGAUUACGCACAAGCCAAGGAAUUCGCCGCCGGUGUUCACCAAGUUUGGCCAGAGCAGAAGUUGGCAUACAACCUUUCUCCAUCAUUCAACUGGAAGACUGCUAUGUCGCCUGAGGAACAGGAGACUUAUAUCUCCCGAUUGGGAAGCCUUGGAUACGUCUGGCAAUUCAUUACGCUUGCUGGAUUACAUACCAAUGCUUUGAUCUCUGAUACCUUCGCUAAGGCUUAUAGCCAGAUUGGAAUGAAGGCUUAUGGAGAACUUGUGCAGGAGCCUGAGAUGAGGAAUAAGAUUGAGGUCGUUACACAUCAGAAAUGGUCUGGCGCCAACUACGUCGAUAACCUAUUGAAGAUGGUAACUGGAGGUGUAUCUUCCACUGCUGCCAUGGGUGCUGGUGUAACUGAGGAUCAAUUCAAGGGACAUUAA